AUGUAUGAGAAGAAAGAGCAAGGGAAGCCCUUAGCUCCGGCGGCCGCCGCCGCCAACCGCCUAGAAAUCGAGUCAAACAUCGCCUUCCCGCCAGAGUUCAUGACCCGCCGCCGCCAGACGUGCAUCAAGUUCACCGGCUGCUUGUUCGCCGUUUUAUCGGUUAUAGUCACGAUCUUACUCGUGCUCACUUUCACGGUUUUCCACGUUAAGGAUCCCGUCUUGAACAUCGACUACAUAAACUCGAACAUCCGACCUCUUGAUCGUGGCCUUAACGCGACUAUCGAGGCUGAUAUCUCGAUUAGGAACCCAAACGUAGCGGCGUUCAAAUUUAGUAACAUGACAACAAUUGUAUACCACGAGGUUGCUUAUGGGUUUUGUGGGCUUCGGAUAGUUGAGGCCCAACACAAUACCAGAAACGUAACAACUGUUUCGAUCUUGGUUGUGAAUUGUGAUUAG